AUGUAUACAAAUGUUGCAGUUGUAAAUCAGAGUAGAGCUUCAACAUGCCUUGAUACUCUAGGCCCUUGUGAUAAGAACUGUGCCCCGCAAUGCCAGGCCAAAUACGGACCAUCAGUUCAAGUCAAAUGUACGAAUGGGAAGUGCACAUGCUUGUACCAGUGCAGACCUUCUAAAGUGUGCUAUGGUGGGGCUGGUUUCUGCUCUGAGGAUUGUGAUCGGAACUGCUGUAAUAUGAAUUGUGCAAAAAAGUAUCUUGCUGGACAUGGAUCUUGUCUCACGCUUGUUAAUAUUAAUUUGUGCGAAUGCGAGUACUCUUGCUAG